AUGCCCUCCCCCAAGUCAGACAGUCGGAAGACUCCGCAACUGGGUAGCGAUGACUUAGUUCCGUUCGACCAUGUUGCUGCAGGACACGAGGGUGUCCGAUGUACCCUCUCCGGCUCACUGAUCGCCAAACCCUGUACACGCCAGGAGAUCGAGUUCUACGAAUCCAGUGCCCUCCACCCGGAAUUUCAGGAGUUUAUGCCCCUCUUCUUCGGCUCGUUAUCAGCCGCUGAGCAGCAGCAACCGCUAGCGAUUGCUGCCGCACAAGAGUCAGGCGCCGUUUUUCUUCCUGGCCCUGGAGAUGCGCCCACAGCUCCCCCGGUCCUGAAUGAAUCUGCAUCACAAGCUAGCAAUGCGCCACGUGAAGAAAUGCCCUCGAUCGUGGCAGAACCCACCUGGGUACCGUCUGGGGGCAAGAAAUUGGACACCGGAUUGUCGAUUGUUCUGGAAAAUGUCGCGUGUGGGUUCCGACGACCGAACGUGCUGGACGUGAAGCUCGGCGCGCGACUCUGGGCCGACGAUGCGCCACCCACGAAGCGUAACAAGCUGGAUACCGUGGCCAAAGAAACGACUAGCGCAGUUCUAGGAUACCGGAUUGCCGGGAUGAAAGUUUGGACGGGCGAGAAUGACAAGGCGGACGAAGGCGCACUCACCGAUCCAUAUGCUACUAAAUACGAAGGUAAAGAAGGUGCCAAAGGCGAGGUCGUUGAGAAGGAUGGGUAUCGCCGUUACGACAAGUGGUAUGGACGAUCCUUCAAUGAACAAAGCGUCAAGCAGGGCUUUGAAACCUUCCUUGCUGGCGCCAAAGCGGGUAAAGAGGACCGCUCGAGGAUGAUUGCACAACGACUAGUCGAGGAAUUACAACAUGUGCAACAAGUACUUGAGUCUGAGGAGAGUCGCAUGUACUCCUCGAGUGUUUUGGUGGUCUAUGAAGGUGACCCCGAGGCGAUGGAACAUGCCCUAGAAGAAGAAACGAAGCUUCCCGAGCGAAGAAACCAAGAGGCAGAGGAAGAGGAACUCGACGAAGAAGUGGACAUUGAAAUCCCUGAGGAAACCUUGGAGCUGGUGGAUGUCCACCUAGGGGAUGGGAUGCCCCAGAAAGCCAUCAACAUCAGCAUCGACCCUUCGACUACCCAGAUUCCCGAUCUAAGCGAUGAUGACGAUGAGGAAGAAACACCCAAAGUUCAUGAUCUCCGCCUGAUCGACUUUGCCCAUGCCCAAUGGACACCUGGCGAGGGCCCGGAUGAGAACGUCCUGAUGGGCAUUCGCAGCCUCAUUAAGGUCUUUCAGGAACUGGCCGCAUGA